AUGCUGCCGCCGGGGAGCAACCGCACCGCGUCCCGGGCGCGCUUCAGGCAGCAGCAGCUGGCGCAGCGGGGCUCCUUGGGGGGCUCGGAGGGGGCGGCGCCCCUGGGGGCAGCGCAGGUGGUCACCGCCGGCCUCCUGACCCUGCUCAUUGUCUGGACCCUGCUGGGCAACGUGCUGGUGUGCGCGGCCAUCGUGCGCAGCCGCCACCUGCGCGCCAAGAUGACCAACGUCUUCAUCGUGUCUCUGGCUGUGUCCGACCUCUUCGUGGCGCUGCUGGUCAUGCCCUGGAAGGCGGUCGCCGAGGUGGCCGGUUACUGGCCCUUUGGGGCCUUCUGCGACAUCUGGGUGGCCUUUGACAUCAUGUGCUCCACCGCCUCCAUCCUGAACCUGUGCGUCAUCAGCGUGGACCGCUACUGGGCCAUCUCCAGGCCCUUCCGCUAUGAGCGCAAGAUGACCCAGCGCGUGGCUUUGAUCAUGGUCGGCCUGGCCUGGGCCUUGUCCAUCCUAAUCUCCUUCAUCCCAGUUCAACUCCACUGGCACAGGGACAAGGCAGGCUCCUGGGGCGAGGCGCCACCGCCAUCCGGCCCGGCCAACGGGACGCCCUGGGAGGAGUCAGGGGAGCCAGAGGCGAGGGCGGAAAACUGCGACUCCAGCCUGAACCGAACUUACGCCAUCUCCUCUUCGCUCAUCAGCUUCUACAUCCCCGUGGCCAUCAUGAUCGUGACCUACACGCGCAUCUACCGCAUUGCGCAGGUGCAGAUCCGCAGGAUCUCCUCUCUGGAGAGGGCCGCCGAGCGCGCGCAGAGCUGCCGCGGCCGCGCAGCCUGUGCGCCCGACCCCAGCCUGCGGGCAUCCAUCAAGAAGGAGACCAAAGUCCUCAAGACGCUGUCGGUGAUCAUGGGGGUCUUCGUGUGCUGCUGGCUGCCCUUCUUCAUCCUUAACUGCACGGUCCCCUUCUGCAGCGGCCGCCGCGAGGGUCCUGGGGCCGGCUUCCCCUGCGUCAGCGAGACCACCUUCGACGUCUUCGUCUGGUUCGGCUGGGCCAACUCCUCCCUCAACCCGGUCAUCUACGCCUUCAACGCCGACUUCCGGCAGGUGUUUGCGCAGCUGCUGGGGUGCGGUCACCUGUGCUCCCGCACCCAGGUGGAGACGGUGAACAUCAGCAAUGAACUCAUCUCCUACAAUCAGGACACCGUCUUCCACAAGGAGAUCGCAGCUGCCUACAUCCAUAUGAUCCCCAAUGCCGUGUCCCCGGGGGACGGGGAGGGGGACAAGGAGGAGGAGAGCCCUUUCGAUCGAAUGUCCCAGAUCUCUCAGACGUCCCCGGAUGGUGACCCUGCUGCUGAGUCUGUGUGGGAGCUGGACUGCGAGGGAGAGGUUUCUUUAGGCAAAAUAACGCCUUUCACCCCGAACGGAUUCCAGUAG